UCAUGAUCCAGACGCGUUAUAUCCUGCGCGAUAUAAGCACCACCCUAUCAAUCGAUACCGAAUCAUGACGAUUCACUAGCAGGAUAUUAGCGACCUCUGGCGUGGCUACAAGAAGUCUCUUCUUUUUAAAUCACGGGUACUCCCAGGUGCCCGUUUUUGUGCCUGCUGUCGUCCUUUUCUCGUUGCAACCCGAUGGCUGCUAACGAUCCUGGCCUUGCGGCUCUCAGCGCACCAGCUGAAGACCCUGUGAAGGGCGCCGUCGACAUCCCAUCGAUCGACACAGAGGUACCGGUCGUACCUGAUCAGUUCGAUCCGAAAUACGAGACGACGAGAAAGGAGAUCUGGGCAUACUACGCCUACUACGUUGGCGACAAUGGUCUUACUCUUUUUAACUUCGGCCCAACAGCCUUUCAGAAUCUCAUGUACCAGGCUGCGGGCGACUCCGAGAUCCUCCAUUUCUUUGGUAGAGACAGGACCAUCAACAGCAUCGUCCUCCUCUGCAACGGCAUCAGUUUCGCCAUCCAGAUCGUGGUCUUUCUCAUUCUGGGUUCAUUCGCGGAUUUCGGCACAUGGCGACCGAACAUCUUGAUUGUGCUGUCUGUGAUUGCCUUUGGCAUCGGUUUCGGCUGGCUCGGCGUGCACACUGAGGGAGAUUGGCACAUUGGCGUGGGACUCUACAUAGUGGGUCUCAUCGCCUACCAAACGACCAUUACAUUCUGGACAGCCGCGUUCCCUGGCCUGGCGAGGAAUACCAAGGACCUACGCAUGAAGGCCGACGAAUUCGCCGAUGGACAUAUCACCCGCGCAGAAUACGACUUUGCCGAUAUGAUGAAGAGGAACGAGCUGUCCAACACUGCCUUCUACGUGCAGUCUGUCUUCGAGAUUGCCAUUUUGGCUGUCAUCGUGGGUAUCAUGUUCGCGCUGCACGUCAACGACAGCGAAGCGAACAACAACUGGGGUCUUUCUGUGCUCAUCGCAUUCGCUACUGGCGUAUGGAUUCUUUGCGCCAUUCCUUGGUUCGUGCUGGAGAAGCGACGUCCGGGCCAGGACCCGGGACGAACCAACAUCAUCGUUGCGGGUUUCAAGCAGCUCGGUUACGCAAUGACACAGAUCUGGCAGUUGCGUCAGAGUCUGGCAUAUCUCGUUGGCUACUUCCUGCUCGGCGACAGUCUUAACACUACUGUGACGGUCAUUGGAACGUUGCAGAACCAAAUAGUAGCAUACAACAGCUUGCAGCUCACGUAUCUUCUUAUCGUCGGUAUUGCUGCGCAAGCCGUUGGCAUCGGUGCAUUCUGGCAGAUUCAAAAGCGCUAUGGGCUGUCCACCAAGACUAUGUUCAUGGUCAUCGCUGUCUGUAUUGUGCUCUUAGACGGCUGGGGCAUGAUCGGAAUCUGGACCCAGGCCUUUGGUUUCCACAAAAUAUGGGAGGUAUGGGUGUAUCAAGCUUUCUACGGCCUGCUCGUGUGCCCCUGGUACAGCUAUUCGCAAACCAUGAUCAGCGAGGUCACACCGCGUGGCAAGGAAUUCCUCUUCUUCAGCUUGUUCUCAAUUGUUGGAAAAACGAGUGCGUUCAUUGGUCCCCUGGUCAGCAGUGCCAUCAUCGACGACACUGGCAACAAUAGCAGUCCCUUCUACUUCCUGUUCGCGUUGAGUUUAGUCAGCUGCACGUGGCUUUACUUCUUCGUAGACGUUGAGAAGAGCAGACUCGAACAACAGGACUUCCUGGAGAGGGAGAAGAGCAGCAAAGCGGACGUCGUCAGAGUCUAGAACUCAUUCUAUAACGGGCGGUGCCCAUUUCCCUUGAACCAUGGU